GUGGAUAGAUUUAUAGAAUCAAAACGGUCAAAAGCAUUGAACUAUUACAUCCAUUGGAAAGAAAGAAGAGAAAAUAAAAAGAAAAACAUGAAAUUGCACAAAAGCUUUUAAUCAUUCAUCAUCAUUUCCAUUAUUAUUUCUUCAAACACUCUUCUCUUCACGACAUCUGUUUUAUGUUCCCAAUUUAGCCAUAAAAAUCAAACAAACAAACCCAAUUCCAAAUCCAUUCAUUCUGUGAUAGGGUUUUCAAUUUUCAAUUCCAAAGCUUCCACCUUUCCCAUUCUAAUCUCAAUUUCCCUUCGACCCUUUUCAAUUCAUCCAAAAGGGUCUCACGUGAUUCACUUUUCUUAGCUAUUCUUCCCCUCUUCCUUGUUUUUUGUUCUAGAGAGAGAAAAAUCAUGAUGUGAAUGCAAGGUGCUGGUGUUAUUGGUAAUCGAGCAAUGUUGGAAAUGGAGAAGGAUUUUGAUUCCAAGCUAAAGAUUCAAAUGAGUUCUUCCUCUAACAAUGGUGCUGCUGGUGCUCCGAAUAUUCAGAGAUCCAAAAGCUUUGCUUUUAGAGCUCCUCAGGAGAAUUAUACCAUUCAGGACUUUGAAUUGGGCAAGAUCUAUGGUGUUGGUUCUUAUUCUAAGGUUGUGAGGGCAAGGAAGAAGGACACAGGAGUUGUGUAUGCAUUGAAGAUCAUGGACAAAAAAUUUAUUACCAAAGAAAACAAAACUGCUUAUGUGAAGUUGGAACGCAUAGUGCUUGAUCAAUUGGAUCAUCCUGGCAUUGUGCGACUAUAUUUCACAUUUCAAGACUCAUUUUCUCUGUACAUGGCACUUGAAUCAUGUGAAGGUGGAGAACUUUUUGAUCAAAUUACCAGGAAGGGUCGUUUACCCGAGGAUGAAGCACGAUUCUAUGCAGCUGAAGUUGUCGAUGCUCUUGAAUACAUACAUGGUUUGGGAGUUAUACAUCGUGAUAUUAAGCCAGAGAACCUAUUACUUACAUCUGAAGGACACAUUAAAAUAGCUGAUUUUGGGAGUGUGAAGCCUAUGCAGGAUAGCCAAGUUACUGUCCUUCCGAAUGCAGCAUCAGAUGACAAAGCCUGCACAUUUGUGGGAACAGCUGCUUAUGUCCCUCCAGAGGUUCUUAAUUCCUCUCCCGCAACUUUUGGAAAUGACCUCUGGGCACUUGGCUGCACAUUAUAUCAAAUGCUUUCUGGAACUUCCCCUUUUAAAGAUGCAAGUGAAUGGCUUAUUUUCCAGAGAAUUAUAGCAAGAGAAAUUCGAUUUCCAGAUUACUUUUCAGACGAAGCAAGAGACCUUAUUGACAGGCUGUUGGAUUUAGACCCCACCAGGAGACCAGGUGCAGGACCUGAUGGUUAUGCUAUUUUGAAAAUACAUCCAUUUUUCAAGGGGGUUGACUGGAAUAACUUAAGGGCACAAACUCCUCCAAAACUUGCUCUGGAACCCGGGACUCAAUCGCCUGCUGAUGAGUCAUCAUGGAGUCCUUCUCACAUUGGUGAUGGUUCUGCUAGACAGCCUGAUGGUUCCACAUCGUCUGCAGAGGGAACUGGUCACAUAACCAGGCUAGCUUCAAUUGAUUCCUUUGAUUCAAAAUGGCAACAAUUUUUGGAGCCUGGUGAAUCUGUUCUUAUGAUCUCAAUGGUGAAGAAAUUACAAAAACUAUCAAGCAAGAAGGUGCAGCUCAUCCUUACCAACAAACCAAAGUUGAUCUAUGUCGACCCUUCAAAAUUAAUUGUAAAGGGAAAUAUAAUAUGGUCUGAUAAUCCCAAUGAUUUAAACAUUCAAGUGACUAGUCCCUCACAUUUCAAGAUUUGCACACCUAAAAAGGUAAUGUCAUUCGAGGAUGCUAAGCAAAGAGCAUCUCAGUGGAAAAAGGCAAUUGAAGGACUUCAAAACCGGUGAACUUGUUCUGGUUUUGAGAACAUAUUCUUUUAGAUGUCUUCAUCUUGUUCAGCAAGAAGGGGUGAAACAGUUAGAAUCCUGAACAAUCAAUUUUUUUCUUAAUAGAAACCGAAUUUGCAGAUUUAGCUUUGCUGAAGCUGGUUCAAGCUAAAUACUUACCACAUCUUAAUUGAAUUUGUGAUGAGUUUUUCCAUUCUCUUUCAUGCUUCAAUGGGAUGGUAUGAUCAAAUGUGGAAGUUGUAAUCGUAGGAUAGCCAUGUUAGGGGAUUGGAACGAAUACUUUGUAAGAAAAAAAUUUCAGUUAUUAUUUUUUUAUAUUAUAUAUUAUUAGCUUGAA